GGGGAGCCGCGGAGAGCACAGGGCGCUGCUCAGCAGCUCGCGAUCUGCAGCGCCGGCCGGGCCAGGCAGCCUGGAGGUGGGUGGGCCGAGCCGCCAGCCCGCCCGCGGGGUCCCCAUUGGUCGCUCGUCGGCCGCCCGUCGCCCGGAAGCCGGCGGCGAGGAGCCGAGGGGCUGCUCCCGAGCCGGAGCGGGAAAGCCCGACCGAGCAGACGCCGGGGCGGGCGCACGGGCUCCGCGCUCCCCGCUCGCUCCCUCCCUGCGCCCUCGCCACCGCCCGGCUCCGCGCCGGCGCCAGCAAUCGGCCUCCCGCCGCGCUCGGAGGGACCCGGGCGGCGGCUCCCGGGCGCCGGGACCGGAGACUGAUUGAUGCAUGAGGGGCCCAUGGAGGCGCAGGAGCGGUGGUGAUGGUGUGGGAAGCGGAGCUGAAGCGCGCUGGGCUUUGGUGAGGCGUGACGGCUUAUCAUGACCGUGUUCAGGCAGGAAAACGUGGAUGACUACUACGACACCGGCGAGGAGCUUGGCAGCGGGCAGUUCGCCGUGGUGAAGAAAUGCCGGGAGAAGAGCACGGGCCUGCAGUAUGCCGCCAAGUUCAUCAAGAAGCGGAGGACCAAGUCCAGCCGGCGGGGCGUGAGCCGCGAGGACAUCGAGCGCGAGGUCAGCAUCCUGAAGGAGAUCCAGCACCCCAACGUCAUCACCCUGCACGAGGUGUACGAGAGCAAGACGGACGUCAUCCUGAUCCUGGAGCUCGUUGCAGGCGGCGAGCUGUUUGACUUCUUGGCAGAAAAGGAAUCUCUGACUGAAGAGGAAGCAACUGAAUUUCUCAAACAAAUUCUUAAUGGUGUUUACUACCUGCACUCCCUGCAGAUUGCCCACUUUGAUCUUAAGCCUGAAAACAUAAUGCUUUUGGAUAGAAAUGUUCCCAAACCUCGGAUCAAGAUCAUCGACUUUGGGCUGGCCCAUAAAAUUGACUUUGGAAAUGAAUUCAAAAACAUAUUUGGGACACCAGAAUUUGUCGCUCCUGAGAUAGUCAACUAUGAACCUCUUGGUCUCGAGGCAGAUAUGUGGAGUAUUGGAGUGAUCACCUAUAUUCUCCUAAGUGGGGCCUCGCCAUUUCUCGGGGACACGAAGCAAGAGACGUUAGCAAAUGUAUCCGCCGUCAACUACGAAUUUGAGGAAGAAUACUUCAGUAACACCAGUGCCCUCGCCAAAGAUUUCAUAAGAAGACUGCUCGUUAAGGAUCCAAAGAAGAGGAUGACCAUUCAAGAUAGUUUGCAGCACCCCUGGAUCAAGCCUAAAGAUACCCAACAAGCACUUAGUAGAAAAGCAUCAGCAGUCAACAUGGAGAAAUUCAAGAAGUUCGCAGCCCGGAAAAAAUGGAAACAAUCCGUUCGCUUGAUAUCACUGUGCCAAAGAUUAUCCAGGUCGUUCUUGUCCAGAAGUAACAUGAGCGUUGCCAGAAGCGACGAUACUCUGGAUGAGGAAGACUCCUUCGUGAUGAAAGCCAUCAUCCACGCCAUCAACGAUGACAAUGUCCCAGGCCUGCAGCACCUCCUGGGCUCAUUGUCCAACUACGAUGUCAACCAACCCAACAAGCAUGGGACACCUCCGUUACUUAUUGCUGCUGGCUGUGGAAAUAUUCAGAUGCUGCAGUUGCUCAUCAAAAGAGGCUCAAGAAUCGAUGUCCAGGAUAAGGGCGGAUCCAAUGCCAUCUACUGGGCCUCCCGGCACGGCCACGUGGACACCUUGAAGUUUCUCCAUGAGAACAAAUGCCCCUUGGAUGUGAAAGACAAGUCUGGAGAGACAGCCCUGCAUGUGGCAGCUCGCUACGGCCACGCUGAUGUGGUUCAGCUGCUGUGCAGCUUCGGCUCCAAUCCCAAUUUCCAGGACAAGGAGGAAGAGACCCCUCUGCACUGUGCCGCCUGGCACGGCUACCACGCUGUGGCCAAAGCCCUCUGCGAAGCCGGCUGCAACGUGAACGUCAAGAACCGAGAAGGGGAGACGCCCCUGCUGACGGCCUCCGCCAGGGGCUACCACGACAUCGUGGAGUGUCUGGCCGAGCACGGAGGCGACCUGAACGCCUCGGACAAGGAUGGACACAUCGCUCUCCAUCUUGCCGUGAGGCGGUGUCAGAUGGAGGUCAUCCAGAUGCUCAUCAGCCAGGGGAGCCUCAUCAAUUUCCAGGACAGGCAUGGCAACACCCCCCUCCACGUGGCCUGCAAGGAUGGCAACGUGCCCAUCGUGAUGGCCCUCUGUGAGGCCAGCUCCGAUUUGGAUAUCUCCAACAAGUACGGACGCACCCCUCUGCACCUGGCCGCCAACAACGGGAUCCUCGACGUGGUCCGCUACCUCUGUCUGGCGGGCGCCAACGUGGAGGCGCUGACCUCGGAUGGGAAGACGGCGGAAGAUCUCGCCAGGGCGGAGCAGCACGAGCACGUGGCAGGCCUCCUCGCCAGACUCCGCAAGGACACGCACCGGGGCCUCUUCAUCCAGCAGCUGCGGCCCACCCAGAACCCGCAGCCCCGGAUCAAGCUGAAGCUGUUCGGCCACUCGGGCUCGGGGAAGACCACGCUGGUGGAGUCGCUCAAGUGCGGGCUGCUCCGGAGCUUCUUCCGGCGGCGCCGGCCCCGGCUCUCCUCCACCAACUCCACCCGGUUCCCGCCCUCGCCCCUGGCCUCCAAGCCGGCAGUGUCCGUGAGCAUCAACAACCUGUACCCGGGCUGCGAGAACGUGAGCGUGCGGAGUCGCAGCAUGAUGUUCGAGCCGGGCCUCACCAAGGGGAUGCUGGAGGUGUUCGUGGCCCCGUCCCACCACCCGCACUGCUCCGCCGACGACCAGUCCACCAAGGCCAUCGACAUCCAGAACGCCUACUUGAACGGGGUUGGCGACUUCAGCGUGUGGGAGUUCUCCGGAAACCCCGUCUACUUCUGCUCCUACGAUUAUUUUGCUGCCAACGACCCCACAUCGAUCCACGUCAUCGUGUUCAGUCUGGAAGAACCCUUCGAGAUCCAGCUGAACCAAGUGGUUUUCUGGCUCAAUUUCCUCAAGUCUCUUGUGCCGGUGGAGGAGCCCAUAGCCUUCGGCGGCAAGCUGAAGAACCCCCUGCGCGUCGUCCUGGUGGCCACACACGCCGACAUCAUGAACGUCCCGCGUCCGGCGGGCGGCGAGUUUGGGUACGACAAGGACACGGCUUUGCUGAAGGAGAUCAGGAACAGAUUUGGGAAUGACCUUCACAUUUCAAAUAAGCUGUUUGUUCUGGACGCUGGGGCUUCGGGGUCGAAGGACAUGAAGGUUCUUCGAAAUCACCUGCAGGAAAUACGGAGCCAGAUUGUUUCUGUCUGCCCUCCGAUGACCCACCUGUGUGAGAAAAUCAUCUCCACGCUGCCGUCCUGGAGGAAGCUCAACGGGCCCAACCAGCUGAUGUCGCUGCAGCAGUUCGUGUACGACGUGCAGGACCAGCUGAACCCCCUGGCCAGCGAGGAGGACCUCCGGGGCAUCGCCCAGCAGCUCCACAGCACUGGCGAGAUCAACAUCAUGCAGAGCGAAACGGUGCAGGACGUGCUGCUCCUGGACCCCCGCUGGCUCUGCACCAACGUGCUGGGGAAGCUGCUCUCGGUGGAGACCCCGCGGGCCCUGCACCACUACCGGGGCCGCUACACCACGGAGGACAUCCAGCGCCUGGUGCCCGACAGCGACGUGGACGAGCUGCUGCAGAUCCUGGACGCCAUGGACAUCUGUGCCCGCGACCUGAGCAGCGGGGCCAUGGUGGACAUCCCCGCCCUCAUCAAGACGGACAACCUGCACCGCUCCUGGACGGACGAGGAGGACGAGGUGAUGGUGUACGGCGGCGUCCGCAUCGUCCCCGUGGAGCACCUGGCCCCCUUUCCCUGCGGCAUCUUCCACAAGGUCCAGGUGAACCUGUGCCGCUGGAUCCACCAGCAGAGCGCCGAGGGGGACGCCGACAUCCGCCUGUGGGUGAGUGGCUGCAAGGUGGCCAACCGCGGGGCCGAGCUGCUGGUGCUCCUGGUCAACCACGGCCAGGGCAUCGAGGUACAGGUGCGCGGGCUGGAGACGGAGAAGGCCAAGUGCUGCCUCCUGCUGGACUCGGUGUGCAGCACCAUCGAGAACGUCGUGGCCACCACGCUGCCGGGGCUGCUGACCGUGAAGCACUACCUGAGCCCCCAGCAGCUCAGGGAGCACCACGAGCCCGUCAUGAUCUACCAGCCCCGGGACUUCUUCCGGGCGCAGGCCCUCAAGGAGACCUCGCUCACCAACACCAUGGGCGGCUACAAGGAGAGCUUCAGCAGCAUCAUGUGCUUCGGCUGCCACGACAUCUACGCGCAGGCCAGCCUGGGGAUGGACAUCCACGCGUCCGACCUGAACCUCCUGACGCGGAGGAAGCUCAGCCGCCUGCUGGACCCGCCCGACCCCAUGGGCAAGGACUGGUGCCUCCUCGCCAUGAACCUGGGCCUCCCCGACCUGGUGGCCAAGUACAACACCGCCAACCACCACCACCACCACCACCACCACCACGGGGCCCCCGGGGAGUUCCUCCCGAGCCCGGCGCACGCCCUGCUCCGGGAGUGGACCGCCUUCCCCGAGAGCACCGUCGGGGUCCUCAUGGCCAGGCUCCGGGAGCUGGGGCGCCGGGACGCGGCUGACUUUCUCCUGAAGGCGUCCUCGGUGCUCAAAAUCCACCUCGACGGCAACGGCCAGGAGGCCUACGCCUCGAGCUGCAACAGCGGCACCUCGUACAAUUCCAUUAGCUCGGUCGUGUCCAGGAAAACCCCUCAUGUAUGGACUCCCACUGUAUGAUUUAUAAAUAGACAAUAUGUGAGUGCCUUUUGCAGACGAGGGUGUGUUUGAAAAUCAUCGCGUCAGCCGGGAGCUGCCCCGAAGGAAACGCUCCCUCUCUCUGCUCCUUGCUGUGUGCUGACCAUCGCCAGAGGUGCUUCACCCUCCGAUUUGUGUUGGGUUCUUUUCCGGGCAACCUUUUUGUGUUUUGUUUGGCGGGGAAAGGUGGGGGGGAGGAGCCCUCCUCUAGAGGGAUUUCACGGCCAGUGUUGUUGCUACGGUGACAUGUACUCGUUAGCUUUCGUUGAAACGUCAAUGUGAACGUCCACGUGGAGUCGACAGACUGUGGCGCUUCGUCAUUCCCUCUCGUCUCAGGUAGAAGGGUGACAGUUGUAGGGCUACGAAGAUCCGUGUGAGAAUUCAAAAACCCCAGACUCACGGUUUGUGGCUGUCCGUCGUCAUGUGUGCAUAGCAGACGGUUUUCCACACUGAGGUCCUGGUUUGACAACUUCCUGUACUUGAAAUCUACAAAAGAAGAAAAAGGAAGCAAGUUUUAUUGCAGUGAUUUUAAAUUGUGAUAGAGUUUUAAAAUCAAAUGGGGAACAUGUCCUAAUUCUUCUGUACUGAGAAGCAUGUAAUUUUAAUGUUAUAUCAUAUGUGUGUUUGUGUGUGUGUGUAUAUAUAUAUAUAUGCAGUAUGUAUAUACAUAUAUAUUAAUACAACAAGUAUUUUUACUUAAUCUAUGAGAUAGUAAAAGAGGUCACUUGUUUUUCUUUUUGUUGUUUUUCCCCCCUUUUUUAAAAAAAAAUAAACUAUUGCUUGUUGCAUUA